ACAACGUCGAGACGCGGUGCUCACCCUCGGAACACCCCCCGCGGCCCUUACUGUCGUCGCUGCUUGCGUGCACACACCGUGCUUUUCUUGUACCCGAAGGCCCAGCGAGGUCCUUCCAGUCGCACGCCGUGGACCGUCCCAUUACACCACCAACUCUCGAGUCCGGACCACCACCACAAGAAUUUCAACCAUGGACCCAGCGGCCCUAAGAAGUCGCAUCCAGGCCACGCUUGACACCAACGCUGAUGCGCGCCGUCAAGCCGAACUGGACCUGAAAUAUGCGGAAGAUCAGCCUGGUUUCCCCGACGCGCUGCUGAAUAUUCUCGAGGCCGAGCAAGAAGCUGGCGUUCGCCUUUCAACUGUCGUCUACCUGAAGAACCGCGUAACGAAGGGAUGGUCGCCUGCCGAGGACUACUCCCAGGCAAAGCCGAUACCUGAGGAGGAGAAGGCAAACUUCCGGAAUCGUCUCGUUCCCGUCCUUGCCGCGUCCACACCUCCCAUCCGCGCCCAGCUCAUUCCCACCCUUCAGAAAAUCCUGGCUUACGACUUCCCUGCCAAGUGGCCCGAAUUCCUCACCAUUACGCAGGCGCUUCUCAACGCUGGUGAUGCGAACUCGGUUUUCGCUGGUGUUCAGUGUCUCCUCGCAAUAUGCAAGAUCUACAGGUUUAAGGGUACCGAGGAGAGAUCGGAAUUCGACGGAAUCGUUCAGGUUACCUUCCCGCAGCUCUUGAACAUCGGCACGCGGUUGGUUAAUGAGGAGAGCUUGGAGGCUGGCGAGAUGCUGAGGACGAUCCUCAAGGUCUACAAGCACGCGAUCUACUUCGAACUGCCUGCACCGCUUCGCGACCAACAGACCAUGGUUGGCUGGUGCACUCUUUUCCUGAACGUCGUCGCCAAGGACCCUCCGGCAAGCUCCAUGGUCGAGGAUGUGGAGGAUAGGGAAACGAACCACUGGUGGAAGGCGAAGAAGUGGGCUUAUGCCAACCUCAACCGACUGUUCGUCAGAUACGGCAAUCCCCAGACUCUCGGCAAGAGCAGCGAGAUCGACUACUCCCAGGUCGCCAAGACCUUCCUUGAGAACUUCGCGCCGGAAAUCUUGAAGGGAUAUCUUCAGCAGAUCGAGAAGUGGGUCGCCAAGACGACAUGGUUAAGCAAGGCGUGCCUGUCGUACACGCUCGCUUUCUUGGAUGAAUGCGUCAGGCCCAAGUCCAUGUGGAACCACCUUAAGCCUCACAUGGAGGGCUUGAUCUCCCACCUCAUCUUCCCGGUUCUGUGCCAGUCGGACGAGGAUAUUGAGCUGUUUGAAACGGAUCCCCAGGAGUACCUUCACCGGAAGCUGAACUUCUACGAGGAAGUCUCUUCGCCCGAUGUCUCUGCCACCAACUUCCUCGUUACCCUCACCAAGGCACGCAGGAAGCAAACUUUCGUCGUUCUCAACUACAUCAACGGCAUUGUCAGUGCUUAUGAGUCUGCGCCGGAUGACCAGAAGAACCCGCGGGAGAAGGAGGGUGCUCUGCGCAUGAUCGGCACCCUUGCACCAGUUAUCCUGGGCAAGAAGAGCCCAAUUGUGGACCAGGUCGAAUACUUUUUCGUUCGUCACAUCUUCCCUGAGUUCCGCAGUCCCCAUGGCUUCCUCCGCGCGCGUGCUUGCGACACACUGGAGAAAUUCGAGCAGCUCGACUUCAAGGACCAGAACAACCUUAUUACCAUUUACCGUAACAUCCUGGAGUCCAUGGCUGACCCGGCACUGCCUGUCCGUGUUGAAGCUGCGCUCGCUCUUCAACCUCUCAUCCGUCAUGAGGUCAUUCGUACAUCCAUGCAACAGAACAUUCCCCAGGUUAUGCAGCAACUGCUCAAGCUCGCCAACGAGGUUGAUGUCGACGCGCUUGCGAACGUGAUGGAGGAUUUCGUCGAAGUUUUCGCGGCUGAGCUCACACCUUUUGCGGUGGCCUUGAGCGAACAGCUGAGGGACACCUACCUCCGUAUUGUGCGCGAGUUACUCGAGCGUAACCAGCAAAAGGACGACGACGACACGUAUGGUGAUUAUCUGGAUGACAAGAGCAUUACUGCCCUUGGUGUCUUGCAAACUAUCGGCACUCUUAUCUUAACCCUUGAGAGCACGCCCGAGCUCUUGUUGCACCUUGAGACUAUUCUCAUGCCGGUAAUCUCCAUUACUCUUGAGAACAAGCUUUACGAUCUGUACAACGAGGUCUUCGAGAUUAUCGAUAGCUGCACCUUUGCCGCCAAGAGCAUUUCUGGCACUAUGUGGCAGGCUUUCGAGCUUAUUCACAGGACAUUCAAGGCCGGUGCUGAACUGUACCUUGAAGAUAUGCUUCCCGCCCUCGAAAACUUCGUCACCUACGGCUACGACACCUUGAUGGUACAGCGCGCUUACCUUGAGGCGAUCAUCGAUAUGAUCCGCACCAUCUUUAAGGAUGACAAGGUUGGUGGUGUCGACCGUAUCUGUGGCUGCAAGCUGGGCGAAAUCCUUAUGCUCACCAUGCGCGGUCACAUCGAUGAAUAUAUUCCGGAGUUUAUCCAGCUCUCCAUGAUGGUGUUGACCAACGAGGAGCCCAAGGUUAAAUCAUAUAGGAUACACCUGAUGGAGAUGGUGAUUAACUGCAUCUACUACAACCCGCGUCUGGCCCUCCACGUCAUGGAGAGCAACGGAUGGACCAACACCUUCUUCAGCCUCUGGUUCUCCAGCAUCGACAGUUUCACGCGUGUUCACGACAAGAAGCUCUCGAUCGCUGCUAUUACUUCUCUGUUGACUCUCAACGCUUCCGAGGUGCCUGCCAGCGUGCAGCAAGGAUGGCCUCGUUUGUUGACCGGAAUCGUUCGUCUGUUCCAGACGCUUCCUGCGGCUAUGAAGAACCGUGAAGAAGCCAAGCGCGAAGAAGACUUUGGCUUCUCGCAGGAUUACGAUGAUGAGGAAGAGGAGGAGGAGUGGGAAGGCGACGGUGAUUGGAACAAUGAGGGCGACGAGGUCGAAGACAUCAAGGAUGAAAGCACCGCAUACCUCGAGUUCCUCAACGAGGAGGCCCAGAAGUUCACCGCCAUCGACGACGAGGAUGACGACGAGCUUGAGGAGGAGAGCCUUCUCGAGACUCCUCUCGACAAGCUUGAGCCUUAUGGUCUCUUCAAGCACGCCCUGUUUGCGCUUCAGUCCGAGCAGCCUCAGCUCUACCAGAGCUUGACGAAGGAGCUCAACCCCGAGGAGCAGCAGGUUGUCGAAGGCGCCGUCCACCAGGCCGAUGUCAUUGCCCAGCAGCUCCAGGAGAUUGCCAACGGUCAACCGCCCACUCUUGCAUAGACUUGUCUAGGCAGUGUCUGUUCGAUAACUGGCUUGGAAUUUCUGAGUAGCGUCGAUUGCGGCGGCAGCUCUUCUUCACACCCCCUUUUUCAGCGAUGCAUUUGGACCACAAACUGGCGUUUGUUUUUUUUUUUUUUUUUUUUUUUUUUUUUU